AUGGAUAAGCCUCCCGCGUUCAGAGACAACUCCUUGCACCACCGUAGCAAGCGGCCUCGUCAGCAAGACUCUCACGAAUCGAAUUCCACGUCAGGAAGGCGGUAUGUUGUAGCCGUGCACGUGGGAGCGGGUUACCACUCCAAGCGUUACGAGCAGCGGUAUCUGCGCGCCAUGCGCGACGCCCUCGCAGCCGCGGAGCUGGUGUUGCGCGGAGCUGGCGGAACAUCGGCGGAAGGGCAGCGAGGAGAAUGCGCGGGGGCGGGAGAAGCAGGCCGAUUAGACGCGAAGAAUCGUGCAUCUGCGCCGGGUUCGGGGCAGCGUGUGAGGAUGUUGGCGGGGGAAGGAGCGCUGCUGUGGGCUCAGACUCAUGCGCCAUACGCCGUUGCAAGGCACCCACAGGAUCUGGUGACGCCAGCAGCAGAAGGCCAGUGGCGCAAGUACCGGAGAAUCGUGGGGGCUCUGGAGCAGCAUCAGGGGAGAAAGGAGUGCGUGCGUGCGUUCAGGGCAGUAGAGAAAGAAGAGGAUCUGGACGAAGUGCGGACGGAGCAGGGUAGCAUGGGCACGUGGGGGGAAGAUGCCAAGAGGGAGCGCAGGGAUUAUGGGGGAUGGGGAAAAUCAACGAGGGAGGGUGAUGAGGAGGAUGUUGAAGGUAUUGAGGGCAUGGGAGGUGAGGUGGAUUGGACGGGAGGGAGAGAGGAAGAGGGAAAGACAAGGGUUGUGGGAAAGGGAGAGGAGGAAGGAGAAGAGGAGGGAGAGGAGGGAGAGAAAGAGGGAGAGGGAGAGGACGAAGAGGAGGAGGAGCAGGAGGGCCCGUGGGACACAGUGGGGGCGGUGUGUUUUGAGGUGGCAAGCGGAGCAGCAGCAGCCGCGUCUAGUGGGGGAAUAGCUUUCAAGGCGCCUGGCAGGGUGGGGUGUGCAGCAAUGCACGGGGCAGCCUGCUGGGCUGAUGCCUCCAUCAGCACCGCAUCCAACCUACCCAAGUCAUCAGCAGCAGAUCCAGCAUGCUCAGAGGCUGCUCAAGAGAUCAGCGUCAGAGGCGAUUUCCAUGCAGCGGCAGUGGAAACUGAGUCAGAGCAUGAUCAGAAGCAGCAGCAGCACCAGCCGCAGAUGCUUGCUGUGGCUGCCAGUGUGUCCGGGGCCGGUGAGCCAAUCGUGGAGUGCCAGCUCGCACGGUGCGUGUGCGAGGCGGCCAUGGAAGGUGGUGAGUCUGACCCUGCAGCGAUGGGGAUUGCCAGGUUCAAUGCUCAUGUGGCAGCUCUGUCAGCAGCAUUAGAUGAUCAGCAGCAGCGGGGGGAAACAGAGAGGAAGAGGCAGUGGCCCGUUGCUUCCGAUGUUGGUCUGCUGCUGCUCUCUGCUUACCCGCAGCAUAAGUCACCGUCAGGCGCGCUACUUGAUCCCUCCUCGUCCGCUUACUCCGCCGGUCGCUCGUUUCCGAAGUCAUCCUCGUUAUUAGACGACCCCGCUAAGUUUGAGGCGUAUGAGCAGCUCAACCUACACCAGGCGCGUUCUUCGAGGCAUCCGAGCGUUAAGGCUGGCCGCUCUUCCUCCUCCGCUUCCUCUCGCGGGAAGCUGAGUGUGCGGUGGGCUUUGGAGGAGGGAGAGGAGGGGCAUGAGGGAGUGGGGAGGAGGAAGAGUAGUGUGGCUCGGGUGGAGGAAGUGGAUGGGGAGGAGAUGGGUGAGGGGGAUGGGCUGAUAGGCGGAGAGGGGGGUGAGGGGAGAGAAGAGGAAGGAGGGGUUGAGGGGGACGGAGAGGGAGGGGGAGGGAGGAGGCGGAAUGGGAAGCUUUUUCGGAUGUUGAGUGCAGAUUUUUGCGUUGGAGGGGAGAAUGGGGGUAGGAGUGGGGCGUAUGGGGGAAGGGGUAUGGAUGAGGGGAGCAGGAAUUGGGGGAGAGGGGGGAGAAGUAUUGGAGGAAGGGGGGGAUGGGGAGGGUCAAUGGGUUGGUGGCGGGGUUGGGGGAGAGAUGCAGCAGAGGGAGGGGAUGUGAGUGAUUGGGGGGAAGGAGGGUCAGGAGGAAGCGGAGGACGAGGGGGAGGAGGAGGAGGCGGAGGAGAGGGAGGAGGAGUGGGAAGCAACAUGAAGGGGAUAGUAGGAGAGGGAGUGGCUCUUUUAGAUGAUGAGGAGGUGGAGAGGAUGGAUGACGAGGUGAUUCAAGCCUUGUUCGAGCGAGUGGUGGAGGCACAGACGCAGCUGCACAAUUAUAAGAACCUCGUCGCCUUUUCACUCUUCACCGCGCUCUACCUCCUCAUGCUCUGUCUUCAGGACUACUCAGGGGACUCAAGCUACUCCUUUGCCAGCAGCAGCGACUUCUACACCUGGCUUAACAACAGCAUCAUUCAGAGUGAGUGUGUGGGAAAGCGUGAGCGGGCGUGUGGGGGUGGGAAGGUGGUGACGGUGGCUCUGCGGUGCCACUUUGCAUUGAGGGAGGCCAUGGUUAGCAGCUCCUGGAACCUCUGCUCUACUGCUAUCCGAGAUUGUGGCGAUGGUGUGGUGACGGUGGCGCUGCGGUGCCACUUUGCAUUGAGGGAGGCCAUGCAGAGCAGCUCCUGGAACCUCUGCUCCACUGCCAUCCGAGACGUGUGCUGGUUCCAGGACCCCCAGCUAUUCACAGAGUUCACGGGCUGGCACACGGUCACAGUGCGCCUGCCAGACAACGACUGGUACGUUGCUGGUGAAUGGGAGAGAGUAUGUGCUAAGAUACACACCCUCUCCCCUCCCUCACACCCGUUCAGGUUCCAGGACCCCCAGCUAUUUAUCGAGCUGAAAGGCUGGCACACGGUCACAGUGCGCCUGCCAGACAACGACUGGUUCGUCUCCCUCACUGCUCCCACCGGGGGCGUGGGCGUCUAUGUCUAUGAGUCCCUAGGGAAGAAGACCACAGGCGCUUCAGAACCUGGCACAGACUCCUCCUCUGGUGUUUACAGCUCAGGCUCAGCUGCUGAAGGCUCGGUGAUGAUAUCAGCACCGCCGCCACUGCCACCGCCGCCACCCCCUGUUUCCACCGCCCCUGCCCCAGCCCCCUUCCGACUGCCCUCCUCGCGUGUCUCCCCCUCCGCCUCUCCUCCACCCGCCUCGCCCACCGCUUCGACUUUUGAGUCGACUCAAAAGUCAACUCCUCCACCCGCCUCGCCCACCGCGUCGCCUUUUGAGUCGACUCAAAAGUCAACUCCUCCACCCGCCUCGCCCACCGCUUCGCCUUUUGAGUCGACUCAAAAGUCAACUCCUCCACCCGCCUCGCCCACCGCUUCGCCGUCCACAAAGGAGUAUCUGCGGCCUUCCAACGGCACGGGGGCGAAUGUGCUGCUGGCGAGCGUGGAUGGGUGUGUGGAGGACGGCGAGAGCGGUCUGCAGCGGUGCAGACAGGUACGGUGUGGUGGUGAGGUGUUGGACGCGGUGCAUGUGCAAGCAGGGGUUUGCAGCGGUGCAGACAGGGGUUCAUACUUUCAACUGCAGUCCUGUUCCUACCGUCCCUCCUGCCCCUCACCUCCUUGCCUUGCCCAUACCCUCCUCCGGUGUCCCCCUUCUUUCCCUCCCCAUACAACGCUCCGUGUCAGCUCCUCUGCUCCUGAAGCGCUCCCCAUGUCCUCCCCGCACCCCUCUUGGCCUGCCGGGUCUCUCUUGGAUCCCUGGGCUGGCAUGGCGUCAGUGCAGCUGGUAUGUACUCUGAGGCAAGUUCUUCCCAUGCUCUCCUUCAGUCCAGCCGACAGCUCUUCCCCUCUCCACCGACCUCCUCAUUCCUCCCAGCCACCGAAGCUGCCUCCUUGCACCUCACCCACCCUUCCAUCCCCUCAUCCUCACCCAUUCUCCCCCCCACCCCCUCCAGCCACCUCCUCCCAGCCAAUCGCAGAAGCCCAGCGGCUCGUGUGGGAGAGCCUUGGGACGACAGACGGAGAGCGAAUCAGGGUGUGCCAGGUGGCGGUGGCACGGGCGCUGUACACCGCAGUGAAGGAGAACUGCCUGGCCGGGCCGACAGCUGGCGGCAGCAGUGACAGUGAGCUGGUGGAUUACAUUCGAGCAACGCACCGCAGUCCCUCCCGGCGCUUCUCUGCCGCCCAGCAGGCUCUUUUCGUCCGCAUCCUCGUCAUGGCGCUGCAGUCAGUCGUGCAGAAGAUGCCGAGCGGUGCCGUCCAGGCUGCCACCCACUUGCUGCACAUCUUCAACGACACAGUGGUCUCGCCAGACGCCUCGCCGUGCCCCCAAGGUGCAUCUCUCUUUCUGUUGCUCUCAAGUGCCCCUAUGGUCUUCCCAGGGCGCAAGCGUUUCGAAGAGCCUUGCGCGUCCCAAGUGGGUGCUUUUGUAAUAACUCAAGAGCUUCCUCCUCUCCCUACAAUCCUUCUCUCCUCCCUCCCCGGGUCCCCCUCCUCUCCCCCAGCGGAUUUCAUGGUUCUAUGGGACUCUGCGUCCUUCACCCGCCGCGCCAUAUCAGACGGGCAGCGGGUCACGUGGGUGUGGAACGACGACGACUACCACGAGCUCUCAGGUGUGGCGAGCAAGGGUAGGGAGGAGAGGGAGACGGGAGAGGUAUGGAACGGCGACGACUACCACGAGCUCUCAGGGUUGGUGGGCACAUGCAUUCUACUCCAUCUGACGCUCCGCAUGCAUUUGUUUGAUUUUUCUUCCUCUUUCGUCCCUCACUGCAGCAUGGGCGGGUUCGGAGCCGUUUCUUGGUUCGCAUACACCAAGGUGUUUGGCACGGCUCGAGACAUAGCUGUGAAGGACUCGCCUCAGUCACUCGCAUUCACCCUCAUCCGCGCCAGGAAUGAUUCAGGCACGGCUCGAAACAUGAAACCCCGCGACUCUCUCCCCCCCUACGUGCUCCUCCUCGCCUCCCUCUGUGCGCCUGCCUGCCGUCUCGCCAUGCUGGCCAACGGUCGCUGCGACCAGCAACCCCGCGACUCUCUCCCCCCCUACGCGCUCCUCCUCGCCUCUCUCUGUGCGCCGGACUGCCGUCUCUCCAUGCUCGCCAACGGCCGCUGCGACCAGCCCUGCAACGUGGCUCUCUGUGACUUCGACGGGGGGGACUGCGCUUGCGGCGGCGCUGGCAGCGGGAGUAUUGGAAGCAGCGUGAGCAGCGGCAGUGAUGCUGCUGGUGCUGGUGGUGGGAGUGGGAGAGGAGGCAGCGGCAGUGGCAGCAGUGGCGGUGGUGCGAGUGUGGGUGGGAGUGUGGGAGGAGGAGUGGGUGUGCAGUGGUGCACAUGUCCUGUGUUGCAGAUACGGGGCGAUGAUGGAGCGUGCUGUGAAGCAGCAGGAGCAGGCACGGGCAUCAAGGUCCCCUUCAGUCUGCAACGAUUCGGCCCCACAGUGCAUCCCCUCCUCUCCACUCUCGGCAGCACCGCUACUGCUCUGCCUCGUGUUGUGUCCCAAUACAACAGCCCCCCCCAUGUGUCCCUCCUGCACCUCCUUCCUAGCCCCUCCCCUCGCCUCAGUGUGCUGAUGGGUUUCACUAUCGUGCAAUACCUCUGGCACUCCUCACGCUCUGAUUUGAAGCCAACCAAAGAAGCAGAGUGUGAUGUGAUGCUUGCUGUGAGCCAACCAGAACCAUAUCUGCGUGCUCUGCGUGCUCUGCAUCCUGCCUCAUUCCUGUCCUGUCUUUCCCUCUCCUGUCUCUCCUGCCUCUCCUGCCUCUCCCGCCCCUCGUGCAUCUCCCGCUUCUCCGUGCUCUCCCCUCCCCGCACAGGGUGCUGA